AUGAAACCAGCCUUGGAGACAGUUUUACAGCUGGAUGAAGCCCUUGUCGCCGGUCGAGUGGAGCCCGAGCAGGCACACGGCACACGGAGGACUCAUCGCCAACGGUCGGGGACCGACAGCGCAUUGAUCGACACCGUUUGGCUCCUUCAUGUGUCGAGAGAUCAAGACCGAGAGGGCGCCCACAAAGCCGGAGACCACUUUCCGGCGCCCUCAGUCGAUCGCCCGAGGACCAAACAACAACUGAUCACACAACACUUGUUUAAAACGUAUGAGAUCGUGCUUCCCGUGCAUGCGCAAAGCCCGGACAAAAUGGACCAUCACAGGAUAUCCCCAUCGCCGGAAGUGACUGGCGAACAUGCGCUUCUUCUCAUCAAAAGCCCAGCGCUGCGAAGCCCGCUGUUGGCGGUGGUCCGACGUCGAUCGCCUCGGGCGAUGCUCCAGACCUGA